AUGGUAUACGAAAAGUGUUGUGUUGGUGGUUGCAAUACAACACGUGAAACGCACCGGCUUUUCAGAUUCCCUAGGAACGAUAAUUUAAGAAACUUGUGGAUGUCUUUCAUAGUGCCGACAAAUCCUCAGCUCAUUGUACUUUCCAAAGAACAGUUACUUAACAAACGUGUCUGUGAAAGGCAUUUUGAUAUAUUUCAGUUCGGCAAUGAAGGCAGAAGACUUCGAUACUCUUACCCGUCCUUUCUUACUGACAAUGAAAUAGCUUAUGGUGUGCCUCUGACUGCAACAGGAGGCUCCAUGUCUAUACCAAAACCGUAUGAGGCUAGAGAUAAGAUUCAAUUCACACCAGUUUAUCAUAUAGAUAUCUGGCCAGUAGAGUGUGAUAUAGAAAAUUAUUGUAAGGAUAACAUUUUCGACCUUGAAUGUGUUAAAGUUGAGGAAGAGAAUUUCGAAUAUGAGAAUUCCAAAUUUGAAGUAAAUGGGAAUCAUGACAAGGAACAACUCUGCAUACAAACAAAUAAUUUUUCAAAACCGUGUAGAAAAUUUUAG